AUGGAACCCCACUUGGACUUCAUAUGGCUUUCUCUAGUUAUGGUGCGCUUCAUGUUAGUGGGACCGCACCCGUUUUUCUCUAAUUUCUUACAUGGUAUCAUAGCCGGUUCUAUUGGUGACCGUGUGAUGACAUACCCGUCACCCAGCCCAGUUGGGUUGGGCUUCCGAAGGACUCACAUUAUUGUCGAUUCUAUUGGUGACCGUGCGAUGACGUACCCUUCACCCAGCCCAGUUGGGCUUGGGCUUCCGAAGGAAUCACAAGUGAGAAGACGUGUUAGAAUAUCACUUGUGAGUUGGACCCACUUUAUAAGUCUAAUAGAUUACUUUUCCUUUAUAUACGUGAUGAAUUUUGAAGGGCGUAGGCCUCAUGGGCGUAUGCUGGGUGCUUAUCGUGAGAUAAAAAACUUGAACGACAAGACAGUGAUGAAGUGUGCAAAAUUUGCAGUAUCCGAGCAUAACAAGAAGGCCGGAACAAAUUUUAUUCUUGUGAAAAUAGCUAUGGGACUGAAACAGUGUGUCGCUGGGGAAGACUACAGUCCCGUUGCGGGAUGA